AUGAUAAACUCUUGGUUCCUAUUACCUCUACCGCAGAAACUUCUUAUAUUGCUAAGAGAUGGUAGAAAGCUCAUGGGGACACUUCGCUCUUUUGAUAAAUUCGCUAAUGUUGUUCUUGAGGGUGUCUGUGAGAGGGUUAUUGUUGCGAUUGAGAAUCCUCAGGAUAUUAUUGUCCAAUCUGCUAGGCCUUAUGGACAGAGAGUUGUUCUCAAGUUCGAGUUCAUGCUAUUGCUGGAAGGCACACUCCUGGAACCUUCACCAAUCAGUUUCAAACUUCCUUCAGUGAGCCCCGUCUUCUCAUCCUCACCGAUCCAGAACCCCUGUGACAACCGAAGCUACAAAAUAAUUACCAAGCAGUAA